AUGACGACUCCAACCAGCAUCACCUCCUCAUUCGCCGAGCUCUCCCCGCACGUCCAACCAUCCUCUGCCUCGGCCCUCUCCGCCCUCCUGGAGGCCAAUCACGCCUCUCACCACUGCUUCUUCAACACACGUGGAAUGCACAAUCACUCGGCACACCAAUUGAUCGCCGACUUGACCAUCUCAGCUACCCCAGCCCAACUCCAGCAGCACUACGACUAUCAAAUCGCACACUACCUCUCAGGCUUCUCUUACAACGACCGAUCGCAGUACGACCCCUACCAUCCUUCCUUCCAUGGAAAAGGAGCCAACUGCAAAGUCGCCAAGAUUGACGAGACCAAUUGGAGAGACCAUCUGGGGAACGCGAGGUUCUACUGGUCGUAUCUCCACUUUUUCGACGAUCAAGUCAACAAGAUUGGAUUCAGAGGGGUACUGGACAAGUACGUGUUGAGUGAGGAUGCAAAUGAAGGAAAAGCGCAGAUGCUGGUGAGGUUUUACGGAGGGGUAUUGCAUGCAUGGAUCCAUUUUGGGUACGGAAUAGAGUUGGGAAUGGGAGGGCUGGCGGGGGAAGGGUUGGCGAUGGCUAGUGCUACGGCUGCCGGUCAUGCAUGGUUGUUUGAUCACGGCUGGCUGUUCAGCCCAGCAGGAUUCGAGGGAGAAAAAACGGGGUUGAUGGACUUGAUCAAGGAGGUGCAAGAUGACGAAAGAUUGAGUGUGGACGCGCUUGGAUUGAAGAACGAAGAAGCGAGUUUGCCAGAUGCACCCUUCGAAAAAGGUCCGGCGAAAGGUGUGAUCCAAUCCUACGUCGAUCGAUGGUCAUCCCUGACCAACCCGGAACAAGCGAUGGGAGAACUAUCUCUCUUAUCCGCCCUCCUCCUCGGCGCUGUUCCGAAACAGUCCGAUUCGCAGGCCUACAAACACGAUUUCUUCCUGAUGCAUCUCAAUAAUGCCCACCUGUUCACACCGCUCUACCUCGAUCUUCUCUCCUCCACCAACGACGCAGCAAAAUCGGCACUGCUGAAAGGCUUGCUCGCUCAGUUUCUCUACUACUACGUAUGUCGUGGUCGACCGGCCUUCAGCAAGGCCAAUUGGCAAGAGCAAUUUGCAGAAAAGACAGUGUUGGAUUGGCAGACCAUGUUCCGGGAAGCCAGGGAGAACGUCGACGAGCACCUACCCAAAGCUAUUCGUAGCUUGUACGUUUUCGAGCGCAGGUAUUCGGGGUUUCAGAAGCAGCUCCUUGACUCGCAUCUGCUCGACAAAGGCACGCAAGAAGGAAACGAGGAGUGGAUGCAGAGUGCAAGCGUAUGGAGGUACACAGCAAAUCAGUUGGUCAGGAUGCACCGAGGCGAACUGCAAAAGAGCAAGUACGACGAUGCCAAGAAGAGGAAGGAGGGCGAGAGCAUCGGUGCUCAUCAGGAGUUUUGGUCUUUCGAUCCGUUUUUCUGA